AUGGCCGGAAACUUCCAACACCCAUUCCUUCGCAUUCAGCACGUGGAUAGACAGUCCACUGGCUCCCAGAACUUGCUUAUCGCAUCUUCUGGGCCGCGGCUUUAUUCUUAUGGUGCUGAAAGUGGAGAGCAGCUCGCCAUUUGGCCCCGGAAUGUAGAUGCCGCGGAGGAGAAUCAAGAGCCCCCAGAGAAGAAGCGAAGAGUCUCCAAUUCUGAAGCGCCUGCAAAUGAAGAUUCGAAGUCUGUCGGAGAAGCUUGGAAAUCUCUGGUUUCGAUUACAUGGUCGAGUAUUCCCUUGCUGGUUGCUUCUUCUAGCGGCAAGCACGUGGUUGCCCUUACAUCAGAAGACAAAUGCAUCCGUGUCUUCUCGGUAGGGGAUGAUGGUGACCUUGAGCAAUUGAGUGCACGAAACAUGCCAAAGCGGCCAUCCGCCAUUGUCUUGGCUAACAACGAUACUACCAUUCUGUGUGGGGAUAAAUUUGGAGAUGUUUACUCUUUGCCAUUGAUCCCCGGCGAAAAGCCAACAGCUAUUCCAUCCCGGCCAAUUACCCAGACGAGGACCCAGCCCGCAGCGACAUCCUUAACUGUGCACUCUAAGAAGAACUUGCAGGCUCUGGAACAGCAGAAACGGCAGUGGAAUGAAGGAUAUAGACCAGAGGAGAAGACCGGGCCGGCAUUCGAGCAUCAAGUUCUGCUUGGUCAUGUCUCUCUGCUGACGGAUUUGAUUUAUGUUUCGUUGCCUGAUAGCAAACGCUCUUAUAUCCUGACUGGAGACCGGGAUGAACAUAUCCGGGUAUCCCGUGGUCCUCCCCAAGCCCACGUCAUUGAGAACUUCUGCUUGGGUCACACCUCAUUUAUCAGCAAGCUUUGCAUUCCUCAGUGGGCGCCAGAAUAUCUCGUUUCUGGUGGCGGUGACAGCCACUUGCUCGUCUGGAAAUGGGCAGAGAGUCAAAUACUUCAAAAGGUUCUGUUGGUCGAUAAUGCUUCGGAAACUCCGGAGAUCGCUGUUCGCGGCAUCUGGGCUGUGUCUCUUGGAACAUCAAAUGUCAUAAUUGUUAGUCUUGAGGGGUCCUCGCAACUUCUGUGCUAUGUGCUGGAACCAGCCGGGACACUGAAAGCCCAGAACCCUAUUCAGCUCUCUGGAAAUGUUCUUGACCUGACAACAGCAAAUGAGGCAAUCUUUGUUUCUGUUGACGGCGUUCGCAAGACUGGAUCGACCCAAGAAUGGAGAGAAACUCCUGCUUCUCCCCAGACCCUCUUGGAAGCAUUCCGCGUGAAGACUGGCUCAGAAUCUCUGGAAUGGGAGCCCAUUCAAGAAUUGGCGGAGGCGAUCAACUCACAGGGCACUUCGGAUAUCAUAGCAGCAGCAGCUGAAGGAAAGCAUCGAAAGGAACUGGAUGAGUCUACGUACAGCAUGGCUAAUCUUCGGAAGAGAAAAGGCGAAGAUGAUUGA